UUUUAAUGUCGCACUCGCGGGAUGGACGCGUGAUCCUUAUAUUCGUCAUGUAUUUUAAGUCGUUCCAUAUACCAAUGAUCCCAUGGUGGCAGUAUUGGCAAAGAAAUAGUUGGAGGUGUAGCUGAAAUAUCUUCCUUCCCCUUCUCGGUUAUAUGCAGAGAGGUGAAUGCAGCCUCCUGAGUCGGAAUAUAAUUUUCUCUCGAUACCGGGAAGCUGAAAAAUACAGCGAACAGGUUAUUUUGUAUAGGCGUAUUUUUAAAGACCGUAAUGACUGAUAAUGUCUUUGGAACAGAAAAUAUAGUUUAAUGGUGGAAACGGCUACAUCAACAUAAUGGAGAUCAACCAAUACAAAAGGACACACCAGUAUGGCUGGGCAUUUUUUCAUUUUGCGGUUCUGUGGUUGUUGUGCAAAAGAGGAUCUUGUCAAGUCCGUUACUCCAUCCAGGAGGAAUUACCGCUUGGCACCGUGGUGGGGAAUGUGGUUAAAGACGUGGGACUGGAUAAAAGUGGCCUGGUCGAUCGGAACCUGCGCAUUGUGACGGGAACAAAGCAGGACCUUUUCCUUGUAAACCAGAGAGACGGCGCUUUGUUUGUCAACCAGAGGAUAGACAGAGAGGACCUAUGCGGUAAAACUGUUCAAUGUUUAAUUAACCUUAAAGCUGUGAUAGAAAACCCACUAGAAAUACAUUACGUUACUGUAGAAAUUGUGGAUGUUAACGAUAACGCUCCCAUCUUUCCGGACAAAGAUUAUCGUUUAGAAAUAUCAGAGUCUGCCAUGUCUGGGGCGCGCUUUCAAUUGGAAGGUGCGCAUGAUUCCGAUGUGGGUUUAAAUGGCUUACUGAUCUAUAAACUGAGCCAGAACGAUAAGUUUCAGUUAGAGAUAGAAGAGUUAAGUAAAGACAGUAAAAAUCUAUUUUUAGUUUUACAGAAACCAUUAGACAGGGAACACACCCCACAAUACAAUGUAGUUGUGACUGCUUUAGAUAGCGGCAAUCCUCAAAAAUCCGGCAUUUUAAAUAUCACUGUUGUCAUACUGGAUAUCAAUGACAACGCGCCAGUUUGCGGUCAGCAGAAAUAUACAGUUAGCGUGCCUGAAAACAUUCCGCCCGGUACAUUUUUAUCACGCGUAAAUGCUUCCGAUAAAGAUGAAGGCACGAAUGGCAUGGUUGAGUAUUCCUAUCGAAAUAAAUUCAGGAACAGCGAUUCAGAAUUAUUUGAAAUUAAUAGAAAAACGGGAGAAAUCAAAGUAACAGGUUCAAUUGAUUUCGAAAGGAAACAAUUUUAUGAGCUAAAUAUACAGGUCUCAGAUGGCGGAUCAGUACCAUUGUCCACUCAUUGCAAUGUGUUUGUGAAGGUGGAGGAUGUGAAUGACAACACACCUGAGAUAGACAUCACCUCCAUUUCAAGCCGGAUUCCCGAGAAUACGUCUGUAGGUACUGUGGUGGGGCUGAUUGGAGUAACUGAUCUGGAUUCAGGUGUGAAUGGACAGGUAGUUUGUACACUACCUGAAGACGUCCCAUUUGACCUGAAACAUUCAACUGAGAACAAUUUCUAUUCGUUAGUGACAAAGAGCCGCUUAGACAGAGAGUUGGUAACACAGUAUGAGAUAAUUAUAACAGCGAGGGAUCUGGGAUCCCCUUCGUUAUUCUCCGUUAAGACAGUCCGCGUGGAA